AUGAUGGAUACCAGUCUAUCCGAAGUAAGCCACACGUACGAGGUCACUAUCGUCGAGAAUGAAAGCGUACAAAAAAGAUUCGUUUUGAAUGGUCCAAUCGAUUCGGUCAGAGACGUCACUUGUAAUCAGUGCGUUAUCUACGUCCGCACAUACUCCAAAGAGGGUAGUUCGGCCUUUUCUGAACCAACGCGUCCUACAAUGCAUCCGGUACCGGUAAAUAUGACACUAAGGCCCAUUGUCCCCGGAGAAUUACGCAUGGUGUUCGACUUGAAAACCUCUGGCAAAUGUCCGUUACAUUACGCCAUUCACAAUCUCGGUAAUCUGAACGGUACGUCAAUGCUUCAACUUGGCACCCCCUUCACGAUCAAAAUUCACAAUCCCGAGAAGAAAACGCGUUUCAAACAUGCCUACACUUUUCUUGGAUUUCCGAGCUGUGUGCGUCUGCGGAUCACAGUUUUGCCAGUACUGCAGAGACUGCAAAUGUCUGCUGCUUAUUCUGUAUCCCAGUCGCACCUCCUGGAGUCUCCGAAGCCUGAAGAAGUUGCUCAUGAACUCCAAGGCAACAACGUUACAAUCAAAUGGAAGAAGAAACAGCAUUGUCCGGCGUUGUAUAGUAUUGUUACGUUGAAUUCUGCAAAUCAAAAGACCAUAGAAAAUGCGGUUACAUUUCAUAACCUCGUAGGUUGCGUGGAUUACACCUAUACCGUCAGGUUGUAUUUUCGGAGCAAUGCAAUGGUCGAAUCUGAUCCUGUUACUUUCGUCUUCACUGUAAUUGAUGCAGAUU